AUGGAGUCCUUGCUCUUGAACACCGAAGCUCCUGACUUGUACAUAAGGCAGAAUCCUGUUCCAAAUGCCUACACCUUAGCAAUCAACGACAAAAAACCAUUCAUUGUCGUUCACACAAGCCUUGUGGAGCUGCUUACUCCAAGGGAAUUGCAGGCUGUUUUGGCUCAUGAGCUGGGUCACCUCAAGUGCGAUCAUGGUGUUUGGCUCACUUUUGCCAAUAUACUCACAAUGGGAGCAUACACUGUCCCUGGUUUCGGCAUGGUUGCUGGCUUUCUGGAAGAGCAGCUAUAUAGAUGGCUACGAGCUGCAGAGCUGACUUGUGACAGGGCAGCUCUUCUUGUGGUGCAAGACCCGAAGAUUCUCCUGCAGCCACGGGAUGGUGGCGGCCUUCGCGCGGGCAGCGUGGCUCAAGGAGUACCACGAGAAGGUGCUUGUGGAGAUCUACAGGUUAGCAUGACGCUGAACAUUUUGGCCUACCUUUCACCUCUUUUGACGUGGGACACAAAACAGGUGUUUGUUUUUGUGGCAGCAGAGUGUGAGACUCCACAGGAUGCUUUUAUUCAAAAAACUGACAUCUGUGAAGGAAAAGUCCCUUGGGCUCCUCACCCAGAAUUUUGUCAAGCUCUUCUUCACCAUGAAGGUUGAGACAAUCUCACUUUGACGAAGGUGCAAGGCUUCUCCUUGGAGACGAACAUGUAGAGAGCAACAUGAGAAGUUAGCGCAUGCAUUCCUUUUGUUUAGUUCCAUGUUUGUGUUAAAUGCCUUUUCUAUCCAAAUAGAACACACAAUGGACACAUGUAAGCAGAUAUGUACUCCAAUCUUUAGAUUUUCGUUGUUAAAACACUCUAUUUGUUUAAUGAUGUUAUUGUCAAUUAAACUAGGAUCAGUGGUCUUCUCUA